AGCAUUGGGAAUAGAUUCCUAAUUAGUCCCUAUUAUGGACGAAUUGAGCGGAUAGAGUGCUUCCUACAGAGUCAUCACCCAGUCUCGCACCCUCUUACUGAAUCUAAUUAUCAACCCACGUUUCUUUUCUUCAGCCUUCUCUCGUCGUGCUGCCGUGGAAAUUGACCACUAUCACGCCCUCGUGGUGUACAGCGACCAUCGCCAUGGACGCCAUGCUAUCGAGCCGGAGCGAAGAAGGAGAGCGAAUUGCCAAGAUUUCGCACAGCCUUCCGACGAUAAAGCCCGAAGGCUUCACCAUUGUGAUACAGGCUGUGUCGUAUACCCUUUGCAUACUGUCGACCGUCAUUGUUGCGCUGCGUAUCUAUGUGAGGAUCAAGCUGUCCGGUCCCGAGCGCGCCUGGGGCUGGGACGACCUCUCUGCUGUGGCGGGAUGGUUACCCUUCUGCCCUUCGGUCGUCUUCCUCAUCAUGGCGACGUACUAUGGCCUCGGCGCCUCCGACAGCCAAGUCCCGGACGGCCAGCUCAAAUACUACCAGGUCAUCUGCAAGGAGUACAUGUUCUACUUUGAGAUGAUCUACUUUGGAUCCUCCGUGCUGACGAAGCUGUCCAUGGCCAUCAUGAUUGUUCGCCUCAGCUCCACGACCUUCUUCACGAGAAUCAUCUGGGGUAAUAUGGUGGUGCUGGGGAUCAACGCGGCAGUAUGUCUCAUCAUCAUGUUUGUGAGCUGCUCGCCAAUACCCGCCAUGUGGAAUCCCGACUUGGGAUUCUGUCGCAUCGAACAUGGAUGGAUCAUUAUCAGCUACGCAGGGACGGUUGUCCUAGCCAUGGUGGACUGGACGUGCGCCAUCACGCCCUUUUUCAUCUUGGAGGGACUGCAGAUGCCGACCAGGAGGAAGAGGUCGGUCCAGGCCAUCCUGGGGCUGGGUAUCUUUGGAAGCGCUGCUGGCUUGGUGCGCCUGGGGUAUUACCACACGUACGACACCGUCAAGUACCCGAAUAAUUCACUACACAACUUUGGACACACCAUUCUGUGGUCAGUUCUCGAGGCGGGCCUCGGAAUCAUGGCCUGCUCACUACCGCCGUUACGAAAACUGUUCAACAAGCAAUUGGGAUCUACAGGUGCAUCUGGAGGCAAAUCUGGGUUGUCAACAAACGAGGGGGGGACGCAACUCAGCAACAUCGGAGGCAUGCCCAAGGGAGGUGGGAUUGCCAACCUCCGGCGCACAGACACUUCGCAGUGGGAUCGGUUGGAUGACGAACACUCGACGUCGAGCCAACAGUACAUUAUCAAGUCGACACAUAUCACGGUCGAAACACAACAUUCAGAUGGAGAUGCGCCGUCUGUUUCGGAAGGGGGCAAGAAGGACAGCAGGCACUGGAAAAACGACACAUAAAUUGAAGGGCACUAUUUGAAUCACAAUGGAAUCGAUACAUUUCGGACAGGUAUCGACCUGCGU